AUGGAGCACUGGCCUGCGGUGGCCUGGGUCCUACUGCUGACCAUCAUCAUGGAUCUUCUGAAAAGCUCCCAUACCAGAGACUUUACGGAACAAGACAUCAUAUUUCUUCACCAUGCGAGUCCUCCUUUUCCUGGUGGAUUCAAGUGCUUCACCUGUGAAGAUUCACAAGAUAACUUUGAGUGCAAUCGUUGGGCACCAGACAAGUACUGCCCACCUGAAGCCACAUAUUGCUACACCUGACACUCAAUAGAUUGGGAAGGCAGUAGUGUGUCAGUGACCAAACGCUGUGUGGUUCUGGAGGACUGUCUUUCCACAGGAUGUACUGAAAGGGAUCAUGAAGGAAAACAGAAAUCCAGUCCCCAUCGAUCCAGUUACUCCCACAAGCCUCUCCUCAUCUCAUUCCCUUAA